AUGCGUAUUAUUAACUCCAACCUGAGAAUUAAAGCUUUUAAAAUCUCCAACUGCCUAGACUACGUAGCUGGCAAAGUAUAUGAAGAAAAGGAUUAUAGAAGAGUUAGAUUUGUUGGACGACAAAAGGAGGUGAACAAGAAUUUUGCGAUUGAUUUGAUAGCAGAGCAGCCUGUGAGUGAAGUUGAAAGCAGAGUGAUAUCAUGCGAUGGUGGUGGUGGAGCUUUGGGACAUCCUAAGGUCUACAUAAACUUGGACAAAGAUACAAAGACCGGGACAUGCGGCUACUGUGGACUUCAGUUUAAACAGAAACAUCACUGAAAGAUUAUCCCUGCAUGCUUGCAGGUUUCUGUUCAGAUGCUAAUGUUUAACUAUAAAUAAACAAUAUAUUUAGCAACCCAA